AUGCCUCCCGUCAAGCAGCCGUGGAUCGAGACGCCCUUGCUCGAAUCUACAGUCCUGUCCAAAAUCGCUGGCUGCCGCAUCUUUCUCAAGCUCGAAAACCUGCAGCCCUCGUCGUCGUUCAAGUCUCGCGGCAUCGGCAAUUUGAUGUUGAAAAGCAUUCGAGAACAGUCAGAGUCGGCGUCGGACGACCGACCAUUACACUUCUACUCGUCUUCAGGAGGCAACGCGGGCCUCGCGUGCGUCACGGCCGCAACGUCGCUCGGCUACGCGUCGUCCGUCGUGGUUCCCACCAGCACUGAUGAAGCUACGAUUGCAAAGUUACGAGCGGCGGGGGCCAGCGAAGUGAUUUCGCACGGCGACAGCUGGUUCUUCGCGGACCAGCACCUUAGAGAAGUCGUCAUCCCCGCCGCGGAAGCGAAGGGGGAGAAGGGGAUCUAUAUCCAUCCCUUUGACCAUCCAUACAUCUGGGAGGGAGCGGGGACGAUGGUCGAGGAGAUCAAGAAGCAAAUGCCCGACGGAGAGAGGCCGGACGGCAUUGUCUGCUCCGUGGGCGGCGGCGGGUUGUUUUCCGGCAUCAUGCACGGCCUCGACCGCGUCGGAUGGUCCGGCCAGGUCCAGGUGUUGCCGGUGGAGACGCUUGGCGCGGAUUCGCUGGCGCAGUCCCUCCAGAAGAAGGAACUGGUCACUUUGCCCGGCAUCACGUCCGUCGCCACGUCCCUGGGCGCCAUCCGCGUGGCGGAGAACACGUUCCAGCAAGCCCAACGACCGGCCGUCACCUCGGUGGUGCUCGAAGACGCAGAGGCCUGCGCAGCCUGUUGGCGAUUUCUGGACGACGAGAGGAUUCUGGUGGAGCCGGCCUGCGGGGUGAGCGUCGCUCUCGCAUACGACGGGCGGUUGAAGAGGGUGCUGAAGGGAUUCGGGCCCGACGCGAAGGUCGUGAUUGUCGUCUGCGGCGGGUCCAAGAUCUCGUUCGACCUGUUGAACACCUACAGAGAGAAAUACCAAAGGCGGAGCGAGGAGCUGGCAAGGAAGUAUGAAUGA